AUGGCCUUCAAAUAUACCUCCUUGACCAGAGAUCCUCAACGGUCACCUUUAUAUGUCGCAUUCAAUCAAACAGAAAAGAUCGAGGAUUUUGAAGAUACAUACGUUCCAGUGCGAGAAUGCGGAGAUUCCACACAAUCAGAUACACCUCGGUCAUUUAGCUCAGCGAUCAAGUCAUAUUGGAUAUGGGCGUUGCACACAACACUUCUCUUGACUUCUUUGACAUUAUUCUUGUUCAGUCAAAAGGCACGACAUUGCUCGACAUUAGACCACGUACGCCAAUUCUCAGCAUGGUCACCUGCGGACACUUAUGUGAGAUACAACGACGUAAAAUACAACUUUACAAGGGAGGGAAAGAAGUUUGUGGGAUAUGGUCCUGAGGUUGACGCGGCGUGGAGGGAGAUCUCAUAUGAUGUGGGUGAUCAAUGGAUUCCAAAGUCCGGUUUGGCAAAAUUAGGAAUGCCAGAAUACUCUCUGAAAGUCGAUCAUCCUGUGACCGGUGAGGAGGGUUACCGUGUCGGCAUCGAAGUCUUCCAUCACCUUCAUUGUCUCAAUCUUCUCAGGAAAGUUACCUACAAAGACUACUAUGAGCCUCUAGGUGGAGAGUUCACGGCUGGUCCUGAAGCUCUUCAACAUCAUACGGACCACUGUCUAGAGGUACUUCGAAUGAAUAUUCAGUGUACAGCUGAUAUUGGACUUUUCACUCUCUAUAUGGUAGAUGGUGACCCCCAGGCAUGGCCCGAGCUAAAUUCAAGACACGUCUGCAGAGAUUUUGGAAAAAUCAGAGACUGGGCGAUUGAGAACUCAGUGGGGAAUAUGGAGGCUCUGGCAUGA